AUGGUCAUCAAUAUAGACUUCUAUGGAGACAAAGCCAACAAAAGGGACACAGGAACAAACUGCAGGGUCAUUCCAAUGGCGAAUGAAGAAAAUAAACAACAGUUCUUGGAAAUGCUGUCUGCCUCAGGAGAGCUGCCUGUUGGUCUGAGCACUUUCAAGGCUUUUGCAGACCCUUUCAAACCAAAGCCUUGGUACCAACAUCUGUCAGAAUUUUCAGAUGAUCAGGUACAGGCAAUAGAGGAAGAGACAAAAGACCAGGCAGAAUGUUCAUCUUGGCACCAGCAGGGGGUUGGGAGGGUGACAGGUACAUCAGCACACAGAGUUAUCCACACAUCUCUUGAGAAACCAUCAAAAUCACUGCUGAGGGAUAUUGUGCAGAAAGAGUCACGCAAAAAUCCUCUGAAAACACCAGGCAUCAUUUGGGGUAGGGAACACGAAAAAGAUGAUAUUGAGACAUACAAGUAUGCACUGGGCCUUACAACUGCAUAUACAGCACCCACUUUAAUUAACAUCUCCAGUGACAUAUAUAAACCCCACACAAGCAUCAGUAUUCAACGGGCAGGCUUCCGAGUGUGCAGAGAGAAGCCCUACAUUGGUGUAAGCUGUGAUGCUUAUGUACACUGCGUUUGCUGUGGAAAGGGGGUGGUUGAGGUAAAGUGCUCCUUGAAGUGGAAUAGUGAUUUGUCAGCUGAUCACUGGCCAGCAGACAAGAGAGGACAUCUGGACACUUUGUUGUCGCUGAGGACCAACCACAGCUACUACACCCAGGUGCAGAUGCAGAUGUUUGUGUGCAAAACAACCUAUGCAGACUUCAUCACCUGGACGCCAAAGCAAACCGUUAUCUUCCGUGUCCAACAAGAUGAAGAUUUUCAGUGUCAGGCAGUGGACACCAUUAGCCGUUUUUGGGCCAGGCACAUCUACCCACAGCUGGCGGGAACCACAAUCCCAGAUACAGAGCUGGAGCUUCAGGAGUCAACAGACAGUGCUGUGUCAGACACAGAACAGGAGCUUCAGGGUCUUUACGAAGCAAACAGGGAGCGGCCCAUCCAGGAUGUGGAAUCUUCGCUUCAGCACACCGAUCACCCGCUCUUUGUUUCCUGCCGAGAGUGA